CAACAUGGAACGUAGAGUUUAAAGAUGGCCGUCGGUUCAGUGGCAUAGAAGAAUCUUCGACGCGGUGUGGGCGUGAGAAACAGUAGCUACUUCGGUCAUCGAUUCGUCGCGACAGAGUGUCCGAACGGACUCCUGUUUAAUACGAUCGUGUAUUUCUUCGCAAGUCGCAAUUGAGCCCAGUGAGAAAACGGUUAAGCUCGGCAGAAUGGGCCGUUCUCGAUCCAGGACGAAAUCACCGAGCAGGCGGCGUCACAAGAGCAAGCAUUCUCGCAAACGGUCGAAGUCACGCGAGAAGCAUUCCAACAACAAAUAUUCAGACAAACCGAAGGAGCGCAGUUCUAAAUCCAGAAAGCGAUCCCAUUCUGCGUCAUCUAGUAGUGGCUCAGACGUGUCGGACGAUGUACAUAUUGUCAGUCAUAAGAAACGUUCGUACAGGGACAGAGAUCGAAAGAUGGACGAGGUAGAGAGACUAGCAGAGAUGGAGCGGCAAAGGAAAAAGAAAGAAUUAAUGAACAAAAUCUUCACCACGAGCACAAUUGGACGUCAACGUGAGGUGGAACAGAAGAUGGUAGAAGAGGAAGCAGCCAAGCGUAUAGAAGAACUUGUACAAAAGAGGGUAGAAGAGGAGCUUGAGAAACGUAAAGAAGAGAUUGAGGCUGAAGUACAGAGGCGGGUAGAGGAAGCGAAGAGGGCCAUGGAGCGACAAAUGAUGGAGGAGAUGGAGUGGAGACAAGCAAAACUACGUGAGGAGGAGAAACGAAGAGAGGAGGAAGAGCGGAAGAAGCGUGAGGAACUAGAGAGGAUUAUGGAGGAGAACAACAAAAAGAUCGAGGAAGCUCAGAAGAAACUGGCUGAAGAAAGAUUGGCCAUGGUCGAAGAGCAACGAUUAAUGGAAGAAGAGAGGCAAAGAAUGAGGAAGGAACAUGAGAAACGCGCCAAGGAAGAGCAGAAGAAAAUCUUGGGCAAGAACAACUCAAGGCCUAAAUUAUGCUUUACGCUAAAAUCAGCUACUGAGUGACGAGUCACUUGUGUAAUUCGCAAUCAUCCACUUAUAAUUAUGUUGUACAUUGCGCGUAAAGACGCAAUGAUAAUAGAAUUCAAUACAUUAUGCAGUAUGAAAUUGUUAGGUGGAUUGAACAUAGUUUCACAUAAAACGCUAUGCAUACGACGAUUAUUUUUUUUUCCCCCCAAAGUUGUAUAUUUUACAGGCGUCUGUAAAAUAUAAUACUACUUUAAUAGUGAAGUGAAAGACAAAUUUUUAUGGCAGUUAUAAUUGCCGAUCAACCUCCUUACUAUGGCGUUGUUUGAUUAUAUACAUAAUCACAUUUUUAGAAUCUAAUGAAAAAUAUCCAAUGCAGAAUGCGUUCUGCGAAGUAAUAACAAUGGUGAUAGCGUCAUUUUUAAUCAAAAAUAAUAUAAAAGAAAAAAAUACAAAGAAAGAGAGAGAAGGUGAGAGAAAGGCAAAAUAUAUAGAUACACAAAUAAUUGCGAAAGUAGACAGAUUUGUACGUAACUAACGUAUAAAUGCGGGUAUGGCAUAAUACUACCUACUUAUAUAUGUAGAUAUACUGUAACCACAUAUGUACACGCAUUGUUUUCUGUGAAGAAAGUUUCAGUUUAUGUAAACUUAUAUACCUACCACAUUGUUACUUGUAAAAU